CCACUUCUCUCUUCUGUUCUCCGAUGUGUAUUAACUCUGGUAUAUGUAUCAAUGGUGCCUGUGUAUGCCCUGCUGAUUUCUAUGGAGAGCUCUGUCAGUUCCGUAAUGGAUCCAAUUCAGAUUUCACCGACUUACAGCAUACAUCCAUCAUGAUUGGUGCGUUUGUUGGUGCUGUAUGUCUUCUCUCUGUCUGCUGGCUUAUCGCCAUGGCAAGGAAACGAUACCAGGAUGAACCCGCCCCAGGCACUGGUCGACAUCAACGUAUCAUCAGUGUUCAUACAUUAGAAGAAGCAGGCUUACGGCGGAACACAACUAUAACAGACAACCAGGAUAUUCCUCCAGAGUACAGUAUCGCCUGUCGUCGUGACAGUCGACGUGGUAGUCGCCAAGGUUCAUUUGCAAAGCGUUACCGGCCGUCCAUAGAUUCAAUGGGGCCUUUGUCACCACCGCCUGCGUAUGAAGUUGUUGCCGGUGAAGUCGGUUUGGAGAAUUAUGACGGCCUUACAUUUAGAAUACCAGAGGUUGAGGAGAGAAACCUACCGGAUGUUGUCAACAGAGAACAGAUGUCAGCAACACCAGCACAACCUCCGCCACCAGCUCAGCAACAAACGGUCUACCAUGAAACAGAGAUACAUGAUGAGCCACAGCCACCUGCAACGCAGCCAUCGCCAACACCACCAUCAUCCACAACGCCACCACCAUCAACAACGUCGCCACCGUCAACGCCACCGCCAUCAACACCACCACCACUGCCAUCAACAACGCCACCACCAUCAUCACCCACAGCAACAACAGCAAAAGCAGUUCCUCAGGACACACUUGUAUGACCAAAGCACUGCUCUCUAUUGUUAAUGAACUGUACAUUCUUUGCUUCAGAGAUUGUUGUAUGUCAUUUUGUAGGUACAGACAACAGCUUGAAGAAGUUGAGAAACAUUGGUCAUCUGGUUCUACAUUUCUUUAUGUGCCUUUGUAUAUCAGGUAUUUUCAAUGCACAUACAUACAUAAAUCUCGUGCUUUAAAGUAAUUCAUCAGAACAUUUGCAGACCUUUGAUUAAAUACAUAUUACACUUAGGAAAUUUGUAACUUCAUAUUUAUGGUAGGACCCUUUCACUCAUAUAGUACACUCAGUAUGAAAACAGUACCGGAAAAUAAAUGAGUUUUGUAAUUUGCCUUUUAUUUUUCUCUUCAUCUCUUUUUUUUCCCUUUAUUUUUCUUCGGUAACUUGUAUUUUGAUAUAACAUUGUACCUCUGAAUUUUAUUAUGUCUUUAUUUUUAAAAAUGUUUUGUACCAGAAUAAGAAAAAUUCACAUUAAUCAUUAUGCAAUUGCAUGGUAUACAAGACUGUGAUCUACUGAUAUGUUCAUUAGAAUGUAGGCCUCUAGUAGGUCCAUGGUUAGAAUAAGAAAAAAAUAUGACACACAGAGAGUACCGAAAAAUUAAUUGAGGCACUUCAUUUCCAUCAUCAUAUCUUUGUACAUAAUGAAUACAGCAGUAUAAUGAAGCAAAGGAAUAUGUUCUUUGAAUAUAUUGCAUUUUUAAAAUCUGACCUUUCUUAUUUCCUAUUUUACAUGUUUUUAGGUUUAAUGAUUUCAUACCAUUCCAAUACCAAUGGAGAAUAAUUGUGAUAUUUCAUUAACCAUGGCUUGAGUCAGUUUACAUGUGUUAAUGUUGAGGAUUUCAUGUUACACUUAAAAUGACAAAAAAAACUUCAUUAUUCAUACAUUUAUUUAUUCAACAGUUUGUAAACGUUUUAAUUAAUAUGCCUCUCCAGUUGUACUUAAUGGGAAAAUAUGGCUAUCUACUUUGAUGAUAUAUAUUUACAUGUAAGAGUAUUAUCACAGGGAAUAGGCUACUGGUACAUGUAUAUCAAAAUUUGAG